UGUCAUGGUAAUAUUUCGAAUCUCAUAGUUGCAAUCGACUAAACAACGCUAUGAUAUUAGUAAUUGGAUGUUCUGAUUGAACGAAAUAUGAGCUCUUCUUCACCAAUGUGGUAUUACAAAAAGAAAACAACGCAACUACAAAUAUUCAAAACACUUUCAUUAAUUUAUCUAAAAGGACGAUAUUUAACAAAAAUAAAUACAGAUCUUUUGAAGUAUAUUGGAUUAGGGGAUUAUGUAACAGUAAUAAAGGAAUACAAAAUUAUAUUUGAAGCAUACGAUACAUUGAAGCAAGAACAACAAACGACGUUUUCUCAAAUCAAAAAAAUAAAAAGAAGCCCUUACAAGACAAUUUUAUUAUCAAAGCUUCGUUUACUGUCUAAUAUGAAUAAUAAAAGAUUUCAACAAUUGAUGUUUGUUUUGAAGGAAAUGCUUUAUUUUUUAUUUCAAAAGUCAACCGAAACUAAUAUUUCAGUAAUUUGGGGUCUUGAGCUCAUAAGUAUUUAUAAUAGAUGCAGUAGGGCAGUUAGUGACCUGCAAAUGAAUGGAUUCAAUUUAAAUGUUUCCAGCAAUACUUAUCCGAAUCUACUACAACCACAAUCGAAUUUGAAUUUUGGUGCAGUCUUACAACUUCUUUCACAGCGAAGAAUUGAACCAAACAUCUUAGAAAUACUACUUGAUCUUCUAAACAUGCAUGGUAGUAAAUUCGAUGAACUUAAAAUGGAAAACGAUUGCUCUCCAUUAAGCCUAGAAGUACUUAAAAGUCUUACACAAAACUUAGUUAAUGAAACUGAUUUCUUAAAAACUCAUAACAUUGCUUAUGAUGAUGGUUUGAAUGAAAUUUUGGGCGGAAUAGAUGUAACUACAUUAAACUAUCAACAACAAAAUGAUAACGUCGAGAGUGAUAAUGUUUCUAACUUCAUAUUCAAAGUAAGCAUGUAUAUAACAAAUCUCAUUUGGGACUGUCGUAAAAUAGUUCCGUCAGUUUUUGAUGAAAAAAAGAGUUAUGAUUUGAUGAUGAAUGAUGCCAUUAAAACUGUCUGGACAUAUAUAACUACGAUAUUGGAUCAUGUUAUUCUGUGGUGGAUAGAGACUCCAGUGUCAUGUUUCUCGUUAACCUAUGUAGACUCUAUUCGUGAUAGGAUUACAUCAAAUAGUUUUAAAGAACCUUCACAUUCAAGCUUAAGAGCACUUCGUGAAAUACUAACAUUAUUUGCUUCAAAUAAUGUUUGGGAUAAAAUGUUUCGAAUAACCUUAGUCACAUCAUCGCAUUCUAAAAAAGCUUACAAGAGUAAAGAAACUGAAGAAGAAAACGUGAAAACGGGAACGUAUGCCGGAACAAUUUGGAAUGGCUUGUUCAACAAUCUUAAGACAUUUAACAACUUUUUGUUAGAUUCAGCAACAACAGGGCAGGUGGCUGUGGCAGAACAAAUACCCAUUUUACAUAGAAUUGAUCAUUCAAUUCAUUCUAUGCGGAUUUGGGUCAAUGAACAAUGUAAACUGCAAUGCUCGCAAUGGAUAAUUGACAUAGUUUUUCAAUUAUUAUACUUUGAUGUACGAGAUUGUCUGGCAACACUCUCUUUAAUGGAUAAACAAGUAUUAUCGUUGAAAAAUGCUGAUAUUCCAAUGACUGUUUGUAUAUCUUUAAGAGCAAAACUUCUUGUUGAAAUUAACGCUAAUAUUUCUAAAUUACAGAAUAUCACUGAAGAAUGUAUAACUAUUCUGUCAUCAGUUUGUAGAACUCUGAGCCUAGCAAACUUUUCCUUAUCAUUUCCCUCUCGAGAGCAUUGGCAACAAAAUGUUGUUGUUGAAACUAAAUGUGCUUAUGUGUCAUUUAUUUUAGAUCAAAUAUUUUCUCCAGUUUUAAAAGCUACAAAUGACAUUAUGAUACAAGAACUUAUACUAAAGCUUAUUUGCGAAGCUUGGAUAGAUUACAUUUUUUCAAAACGUGUAAAAUUCUCAACAGCCGGUGCCUUAGCAUUAAUUAAUGAUUUCGAUGAGGUUAAAAAGUGGAUAUUAAAGACAACUUAUAUACCACCUUUAAAUAUGAAAAACCUGGUAAACCAUGAGGUGCUGCACAUGUGCAAGGGAGUGGGGAAAGUUCUUGUACGAAAACCAAAAGAAAUGAUAGCUAUCGUUCAUUCACCCAAACAUAGAAAAUCAUCAUCUGAAGAACCAUCACUUGAUACUCAACUUCCUUCUGAAAUGUUUGUUUCCAACCAAAGUAAUUGGUUGCAGCUAAAGGCAUCAUCAGGGAAAUUUUCAUUUUCAAAUUGGUGUUACUCUACACACGAUAAGAUUACAAAUUUUGAUACUUAAUAGUAAAACGUCGAGGCCGUUAACAUGAAAAUUG